CAUUAUAAUUUAUAUUUCCACCAUCGACCAUCGUGCACGCGUGUCGCGGAUGAAUACAAUUGAACGAGAUUUAUAAUAAUUUAAUCAACGAUUUUGUUUUCUGUUUCUUUUUUUGCCGGCGAUCGGGGUAAUCGUCAUUGUCACUAAAUGUCGCAUAUUGUUUUAUCAAAAGUCACGAUAUCACCGCACCGUCGUUUGGCCUCUUACUGCUCUUAGUCCUCAGAAUCCUAUUGCCAUCCGAAACACUAACGUAUUUAUAUUACGGACAAUAGUGUAAUUGUACCUACUACCUACGUUGUACUAUCCGUAUGUCUUACCGAACGCGAAUACUAUGCUGAUACGGACGUCCACGAAAGCCACAACUUACAGCGGUUGCGUCGUCCACUGUCGGCGACGGAAACGCGCGUUAUUCGCGUCGUCGUAAAUUCGUCUUACCGCCGUGUAGAGUACGAUAUUCGCCUACAAGUCUGCUUAUAAUCUGCCGACAUAAUUUAUGCGUACCUACCGAUCGUGGACAGCAGUGAUAUAAUAUAUCAAAUGGUUUUUGGAUAUCAUGGUACACAGCCGUGGUGGUGCUGUCGCCGCAGUUGUCGAGUCUACAACACAUUGCAAUCUUCCGCAAUCGCUCGCAACAGCAGUGCCCUUGGCACCAGCACUAUUUGUAUCGAAUCCCUGCCGUCGUCUUUAUAAUAGUUGUGGUGGCAAUAACCAUGACACGAGAUUCGGCGGCGGUCGCCGCUUUAGACGACCGCCGCCGCCGCUGCCCUAUAUCGGCGGCAUCCAACGUAGUGGACGAUGCCUCAACAUUGAUGACAAACAGUAUUGCUAUGAGCGGAUCAAGUAGCAAUGAUGACGUUGGUGGUGGAGAUGAAGGUGGUAGCCUCAAGUCUUCAUCUGAAGUGUCAACAACAACUAGCUGCUGUGGUGGUAGCAGUAGUAGCAGCAGAAGUGGAAGCGAUGAUGACGAUUCUGCCACUGUCCCCAGGUUGGCUACAGCAAUUGAUGACAGUUGUUCUACAACUAUCAAAACUCCCACACCACUGUCAUUACACAGACAUAUGGAAGACAAUAAAAAUGGUGAUAAAGAUUCUUCUAGCAGUAGUCAUAGCGAUGAAGCUGCUGCAACCACUCCAACAAGUAUUGGAGGACGUCUCACGUUUUAUAAAGACGGCAAGUUUAUAUUCCAAUUAGCAGCACAUCACCAACAAAAUUCAUACAACAGCCCAUCCGCUUUAACAUCUCCAUGUCGUUGGGUACCAGUUCCGACAGUGAUUCAGCAGCACAAAAAUAAUGUUAAGUGCAUAGGUGAAUGGUCACAACAUCAGCAAAAUAAAACAAUAUGGCCUUACUCAGUUACCAAUAUUGCUUCUGACAGUAAUUCACCUCAACCGACACAGCAAUCACAACCAUCAACAGUAAGAAUUAGUGAACGGAAGCAACAGCAUUUUCAACACAGGACGACGCCCCCGCCACUUUCUCUCAUUACCAGUGCUGUUAAUACAGGUACACAUACUGGCGGAAUAGUAGUUGCAACGACGACAAAUAUUGUGCGCAGACCUUCUAGAAAGUGUUCAACUACUGUAGCAGCAGAAAAUAUCACCGAUUUUCAGCAUCAACGCUGUCAACCACUAACACAACUACGAGGUUUGCCAAGACGCUCACAGCAACACCAACAUCAGGCAUUCAUGAUGGUCGCCCCUGAGGCAAUUAAGGUUCAGAGGCGUUUAUUGUCAUUGCCAAAAAAGCAGCGUCUCUGGUGUCAGCGAAAGAGAAAAUCAAUGACUAGAAACUCCCUGUUACAAGAACUUAAGCCCCCACAAAUAAAUUUAGAAUGUGUUGUACGUAACCUGUGGUGUCGGCGACAUACAACGGAAUUAUUGUUGCGCAGGCAACUGUCGAUCAACAAUAGUGGAGACAGUGUUGCUGCUACUAUUUCCGCUGUUGUCGAUAUUACCCCUACAGUAGUUUCUCGUCACGUUUCUGUCUCUACGGCAAAUGUUGUCGAUUCCACUUGUCCAAAUACGGGAGGUAGCAGCAAGCGGCGAUCAAUGGUUUCUCUAUCACCCUCCACCGCUAUCCUAAUUCCCACCACCGCCACUACUAUGACCAUCAGUAAUAAGAGUGGCAAUAGUAGCCCUCACAAAAAAUAUAAAUUGGGACACCAGCAACCACAGGAACAGAUUUUACCUCCACAGCGACGGGUGGUAGUUGAUAAAAGUGUGAAAAAAUCAAUUCCACAUCCUCCGCCGCAAGUGAUUUCUACUAACGAUCACAGCAUAACUGCGAUAUUGUCUGGUGGUGCGGCGGGUGCAAAACGCUCUAAUAGUAGUGGUGCUGUUUCUAUGGUAAUGGAAUUAGAAAAUGGCGUUGUUACCACAACCACUACUACUAGUGCAGUAUUGUCACCACAUAAAAACCUUCAUACGCCGUCACCUGCGCCGCUAUCGUUAUUGCGUACGUUGCUGAAGAGUCCUAGUGGUGAAAGUGGUUCACCGCCCAUUGUUGCUAGUACAAACGGUGUUGGAUACAGGCAUAACAUAAAUGGUAGCAGAAAAAGAUCAUCAGUCGAAUCGACAACUGUUUCAUCAAUACCAUCAAUUAACGCUGCUGCCAUUCAAGUUGAAAAUAGUCUCGGAACUUCGACCAUUGCAAUACCAUCUGUAGGUACUAACGCAUCAGAUAAUGCUUCUGCCGUUCUAACUGCUCUUCAUCAACUUCCACCUAUUCACCACCCGGCUGCUGGGCAGUUGGCCGCAGCUGGUUACUUUAAUGUGUUGUACCAUCAAGCCGCAAUGGCUGCUGCUAUGGCGUAUCAAACCCACGCACAACUGCCUCAGCCGUUGCCAAAAUCUCAACAACCAUCUUUGUUAUCUUCACAGUUUCCCACCACCAGUGGUGCCAGUAGCACUUGGCAACGUCAACUGAACCGGCGGCCGCCUCAUCUACAUCCAUCAGAAGGUAUUGUUGGAAGUGGAGUUACCAAUGCCACCAUCUCUUCGUCUACAUCGACGGUCGUGGCACCUUACUCUUCGCCUUUGGUAUCUGCCACUGUCAAUGGCAGUAGUUUAUUGCCACCUGCUACUCCUUCACCGCCACCUCCUUUAAUGUUGCAUCCUCAUCCUGUUCACCGUCACCAUUUAUUGUUACACCAUCAGCAGCAGUAUCAACCAGCACCCACGGUACAACAACCAUUGUCGUUCCAUCAACAAAACCAUCGACAGCAGGGUAGUAGCGUCAAAAAAAGAAGUGGAGGGACAAUUAGUGAUACUGAAUAUGGUGUUUGCUUAGAAGAAAAUAACUCGGGAGUUGUAGCUACCCUAGACGAAGAGUCAUCCUCUUCCGCCGAUUGUGUGCCGCUCAACCUAUCCAAGGAUUCUAUAGCUGAAAAUGUCAGUGGUACUAGUCCGACGGCAAGAGUCAGGUGACACUCGAGCAGAAAUUACUACAAUAGACUAGCUAUUAGCAUUAGACUGUUUGGCCGUUUUUUAAAGGCUAACUGAGUAUACUAUUUCAUUAUCGUGUCAAAUACUAUAUGUACUGAAUAUGCGAAAAUGUAUGUAUGAAUAUAAAAAAAA